AUUCUUAAGUGUAACUUUAAUUUCUUUAUGAAACAAAAUAUUUAUGAUUAAAGAAAGUUGUUCAAAGUGAACCUUUUCAAAAUUUUCUGUCAGCAUUUGAUCACAUCUUUUUGAACCAGCAAAAAUUAACAGAAAUAGCUACAGGCUAUCAAUUAUCAAAUUUAUUGAACUCUAUUUAAUGCCGCAUCAACAUUGUGUAAGUAUUGAACCAUCUCUAGAUAAUACGGCUCAUCAGUUGCAAUUGACAUCAAGAAAAUCAACCUCAACCAGAUUACUCAUGACUUUUUUUUAUUUUAUUACAAAGUUGUAAAAAUAUUAACAAUAAAAUUUAGUGUUUUUUGUUUCGCUUGUGUUGUCUUUUUUUUCAUGAAAAUACAUAUUAAGAACAUCCCACAAUGUUAUCAAUUUGGAACUUAAAUAUUAGCGUUAAAGAUCUAGAAUAAUUUAUAAUCUUAAAAUAUUUUUAAUUAUUGCUUUUGACUAGGUCUGUCUUUUGAAAAGUUGAUUAGUAAAUUGGUAAUUAAUCUGGCUAUUUGUUACCCAAUAAGGAGAUCUUAUUUUGAAAACCCCCGCAAAUUGAAAUUGUGUUGGAUGAUAGUAGAAACUGAAUAAGAAAUAGAUGAGUAAUGAACAAAAUGUAUCUUAAAAUGAUUAUAGAUUUCUAUCCGUUUUAUUUUUCAUCUUUUUCAAUUCUUCAACUUUUCCAAAUUAAUCAAUUUUUCGUCAAAAAAAUACUUUUCUUAGAUCAAUAUCUGUUCCAACCUCGUAGUUCCAUCGAUUUCUUUUGUGCAAUUCAUUCUCAAAUAAUAAAAACAAGAAGUUAGUAAGUACUACACAUAUGAAAUUGAUUCGAUGAAAUAAGUGA